AUGUCUGAAACCACAGCUGUCAUUCUCGUUGAUCCCCUCAAUGACUUUGUCCAUCCCAAGGGGAAACUAUAUCCCUUCGUCCAGGAGAGCAUCGAAACAACCGACACAGUCACAAACAUGGCCAGGCUCGUCAAAUCGGCCAGAGAGAUGCACAUUCCCAUCUUCUACGGUCUCCAUCAACCUUACAAAGAAGGCAACUAUGACGGCUGGAGAAACAUGACCAAGUCCCACCAUCGGCUUAAAAAGCUAGAGGCCUUUAAGGAGGGUACUUGGGGCAGCGAAAUUCAAUCCGAGAUGACUCCGAGUUUGGGAAAUGGUGAUGUGGUUGUUUCGAGGCAUUGGAAUAGCAGUUCCUUUGCCAAUACCGACUUGGACUUUCAACUUCAGCAGAGGGGAAUCACCCAUGUUGUUUGUGCUGGGAUGGUGGCAAACACAUGUCUCGAAGCGACAGCUCGCUAUGCAUUUGAAUUGGGCUAUAAAGUCACCCUCAUCAAGGAUGCCACUGCUGGCUUUAGCACCCAGCUGAAAGAUGCUGCCACUGAAAUUGUCUGGCCGACGAUUGUCGAAGAGGUUUUGACUGUGGAUGAAUGGGCUGCUAAGGGCAAGACAGCAGCAUCGCUCUGA